AUGCCUUGGUCGAAAUGGCUGCUUUGUAUUCCGCAAUCGUCGUGAUUCUACUCCACCUACUACUCAACUACUACUACUACUACAACAACAACUACAUGCAUAUCAACAUUUGCACCAUUGCUCUUGCAGCCAAGCGCCAAUUAUAAGGCAGAAAAAGUUAUGUCAGAUAAACUGAAUUUCCCAAAACACACCGGCAUACGGGAGGCCUCACUGCUGGUGAUGAAGGAGAAGUGCGGACGCUAUACGCUGAUACGUGAGCCAUUGUAUUUGGACAGAUGCGUUGUGUGCAGUGAAGCGGACUGGGAUGAUUAUUUCGAGGUGCAGGAAAUCUCAUCGAAGGACACUUUCAUAUUCAAAGCCGAGGAUGGUGUUCGUACCAAGCAAUGGUACACCCAACUGCAAUAUCACGCUCAGGGUAUGGGCGCUUGGCGUAAACGACGCAAUGCUCUUGCCAAUAUUAUGAUCAAUGGAAUGCUGACACGUACCUAAAUCGAAGGAAGUAUAAUGGAAAUGAAAUAUAUUCAAACGCAAUUCAAGUUAACUGCCUUAGCACUAAGUAUCUUAAGCUUAGAGCGAACGAUGUGAAGCGGUGAAGUUUUCAACGAAAUAAGCGAAAUAAAUAAAUAGUAAUUAAGAAACGUAAAGAAAUAUAAAGAACUUUAAAAUAUUAAAGAAAAACUGCAAAAUUUAUGUAAACAAAAAAAAAAUGCAAAUGUAACGAAAACUGUUUUGCAAAAAAAAACGCAAAGAAGCCAUUCCUUUUGAUUAGAGGUAAUUCAAGUUUCUUUGUAUUUAUUAAGUAGCGCGCAGCAGUGAAUGCAUUUUCAAUAAAUAUUAAAGUACUUUUAAAUUAGAUUAUAGCCAUUUAUUGGAUUUAUAAAUAUGUCUUAAAUAUUUCUUGUACUACCAUAGUUGUAGUUGCAUUUCGCUGAUAAUAAAAUUACUAAAAAUAUAUGCAUUUAAAAAUAUUUUUGCAUAAAAUGCUGUUCGCGCCUCUUUGGACGAAAGUAGUUAGUAAUAAAAAAAAAUAAAAAAUCGAUUUGUUUAAAACUUUAUUUUAUUAAAUUUCAAAAUUAUUAUCUUUUUUAACUUUACCAUAAACAAUUGUAGGUGUAUUGAAAUUUUAUUCAAACGCUGCUUGUAAAUUGCAAGUGAUCUAGUUUUUUAGCCUUUUGAUUUAAAGCAUAAACUUUAUAAAAAAAAAAAUAUUUGUUUAUCGUUAUAACUUACCCAAAAAUAUAUAAACCACAUAAUAAUACA